GGGCCCGAGCUCAAAGUCCGCGACAUCCUGCGGGAGAGGCAGCCGCCGUCCGCAGUGCAGGUGGGCCCCCGCCCUCGGCCAGGCAAGAUGCCCCUGGGGUUGCGGAGAAAGGUGAAAGCCAAGUCCAAGGAGGCCGCCCAGCUGGUGAAGGUCGAGCAGGUGGGCGCGGGCGGCUGCAGCCUCCCGGACCCCCCGCCUCCCACACGCAAGCUGGUUUUCUACACGCAGCUGGCCCACGGCAGCGCCACCGGCCGAGUGGAGAAUUUCACCUGCGUCCAGGAGCUCUACGCCAAGAUCGCGGGAGUGUUCGGGAUCUCGGCGUCUGAGAUCUUAUAUUGCACUUUAAACACACCUAAAGUUGAUAUGGAAAAUCUCUUAGGAUCGCAUGUAGGUCUUGAAGAUUUCAUAUUUGCCCAUGUGAAAGGGAACCAAAAAGAAGUGAAUGUAUAUAAGUCUGAGGACUCACUUGGUCUCACCAUUACAGAAAAUGGAACUGGCUAUGCUUUUAUAAAGAGAAUUAAAGAUGGUAGCCUAAUUGAUGCAGUUAAAACCAUCUGUGUGGGGGAUCAUAUUGAAUCCAUAAAUGGAGAAAAUAUCACUGGGUGGCGUCAUUAUGAUGUUGCAAAAAAAUUAAAGGAAUUUAAAAAAGGUGAAUCCUUUACCUUGAAGUUAAUAGAACCGAAGAAGGCAUUUGAAGUAGAGCCAAGGUCAAAAGCUGGAAAAUCAUCAGCAGAAAAAAUUGGUACUGGAAGAGAGACACUUCGCCUGAGAUCAAAGGGUCCUGCCUCCAUGGAAGACAUGCCCUCCGAAACCAAGACAAAAGCAAUUGAAAAGAUUGAUGAUCUUCUUGAAUUGUACAUGGGAAUUCAAGAUAUCGAUUUAGCUACCACAAUGUUUGAAGCUGGAAAGGACAAAGGUAAUCCAGAUGAAUUUGCUGUGGCACUUGACGAAACUCUUGGAGACUUUGCGUUCCCAGAUGAAUUUGUCUUUGAUGUUUGGGGAGUCAUUGGUGAUGCGAAACGAGAAUGACGAUGACGUGGAUGAUCCGUCUCUGGAGAAAUGAACAUUCUUUUUAAAAAUAUCCAUAAGAUCUGAUUUUUAGACACUGUUACAGAUUCUGGUUUGGUCUGAUGUAUAUGGAAUACAUUCUUUGAAAUACACUUUUGGUUUCUGGGUACCUUUUAAUGUGGUUGCAGAUGUGGUAUGCUUAAAAUAAAUCACCUAAAAUAUGAUCAAUUUUAAUAUUCAUUCAAGAGUCUUUUUAAAGUAAGUUUUAGGAAGUAUUUCUAGAGAGGAUUUUGCUCCCCAUAAACGUCUGUGUUUUCUUUUCCACCCACAUGCAAGUAGCUGAUUGCAAUAGCUCUGUAGCUCUUUUUAAAAAUCUUAAUGCAGGGAAAUUGGGAUUAGAGUAUGAUUUGCCUCUGAGCAUCUUCAUUUUUUAAUACCAGCCUGAUCUAGGUGUGUUCAGGAAGCGAAGUGUGAAUUAUGCCCACUCUGGGUCUAGAAAUCGUUUUUGUUUUUGUUUUUUUAAUCCACUGAGUAAGGGGAGGAAGAUUCCUACAGCCUCUUGAUAUCUGUGGCCUUCUUUUUUCUUAAAGCAAGGACUGAUUUUACUUAUUUAUUUUUUUGGUUCUUUGUAAUUGCUCCUUUU